AUGCUUCAUAGAUAGUAUAUAGAGCAGGCAAACAAUCAAAGUCUCUAGGUAUUGGAAGGCAAAGAGUAUCAUUUCUUAGGAGACAAAUUGGUGUUGAGUGAGAACUCAGAUGAAGAGGAAAUUAAGGAAUAGAAGAAGGAAUUUAAAGUACUUUAGAAAACAAAGAAAAAACUUAAUUGGAGAAAGAGUAUGGGAAUGAUUUUUGUUUAGAGAAGAUCAAGUGCAAUAUCAUAUGUGGAGUUUAAUUGGGAGAAAUUUUAAUUGCGUCUAAGAGGAUUAUUGAAAAAAAUAAUUAAAGGAUUUACUAUAGAAAAACCAUAUAUUUUAAGUCCUGAUGGGUCAUUGAAAAUGAUGUGGGAUUUAUUAUGUCUUGGAUUAGUGAUGUAUGAGAUGAUAAGCAUUCCUUUAUAAAUAAGUUUUGAGAUUGAUGUGAGUGUAGAAUUUUCAAGAGUGUCUACAGGAAUCUUUGCUUUUGAUAUCCUAUUGAAUUUCAAUACUGGUAUUUUUGAAGAUGGAUUAUUAAAGAUGAAUAGGAAUGCAAUAAUAAAGGAUUAUGUUUAAUUUUGGUUUUGGGUAGAUUUCACAACAACAUUCCCAUAUGAUAUAAUAUUGGAUGAAUCAUCAAAUUUUAUCCAGAGUGCAAAACUAUUGAGAUUACUGAAGUUUUUGAGAUUCAUAAAGAUAUUAAAAUUACUGAGAUUGGCCAAAUUGAAGAAAAUUAUGGAUAAAUUUAAUGAGAUACUCUAAUUGAAUUCAAUAUUGGCAGCAAUAUUAACAUUUGGCAAGUUGUUUUUGUUUGUGUUAUUUUUUGCACAUCUUUUAGGUUGCAUAUUCCACUUUACUGCAUAAUAGGAGGAUAAGAAUAUUUCAUGGUUGGGAGAUUUAUACGAUGCUGAUUGGUAUAUCAGAUAUAUAAAUUCAUUGUAUUGGGGAGUGACAACAAUGACAACAGUUGGAUAUGGAGACAUAAGUCCAUUGAAUCCAACUGAAAGGUUUCUUGGUAUUUUUUUAUUAUUAAUUGCUUGUGGUGGUUUUGCUUUCACAAUGAAUUCAAUUGGGUUUGCAUUAUAAAAAAUAAGUGAGAAGUCAAGUCAAACUAAAGAUAAGCUGAGUUAAGUAAAUAAAUAUAUGAAAAAAGCCAAGAUUCCUGAGACACUUCAGAACAAAAUUAGAAAAUAUUUGGAAUAUGUGUGGGAUAGGAAUGGAGGAGUAGUUUUAUAAUAGAUAACUGGAGCCUUGUCAGUGGAUUUAUCAAAAGAGUUGUAAGAAUAAGUGAAUGGUAAAUUAUUUGGGUAUUUGGAUAUCUUUUGGUCAAAUCAUUCCUAUGACUUUUUGGUAUUGUAAGUGAUGCCAAUAAUGAAAGAGAAGGUGUUCUGUCCUUAGGAAAUCAUAUUUGAUGAAUCUUAAUAAGAAUCAUAUGACAUAUUUAUGAUCUAAUCUGGAGAAGUGGACAUCUACUUUCAGAAAACAAAUAUCUCAGUAGAUAAAAAAGGCAAGAAUGAAUUCUUUGGAGAAAUCAGUUUCUAUUCUGGAUAAAAACGAACUGCCAGCACUAAGAGUGUUGAUUUCUCUAAUAUCUUCAUUAUAAACUCAAGUGAUUUUCUCAAGUUAGCAAGAUCUCAUAGUAAUGAUGUUUAAACUUACUUUAAAAUCAGACACAAAAUAGUUUUUGAUAAAGAUUAUAGUGCCAUAAGCAUAAGAUGUUAUAUGUGUUAGAUGGAUGAUCAUAUUGCCAGAGAUUGCCCGUCUUUGCACUUCUAAGUGUAAAUUAAUUGAUUGAUAUUAGAUAGGCAUCACACUAUUUGGCAUUCUUAUAAUAAGUAAAGCAUGUUUAAUAGUCUUCCUUUGUAAGAAAGGAUCGAUUAGAUUUUAAUGCUCGAUUUCAUCACAAUCUAAUAUCUCGUGUUUAGGAUAAGUUUAUGAACACUGAAAAGAAGAUACAAUAUUAUUAAGAACACAAAUCUCACAUGUUAAUAAGCAUUGAGUAAUCAGAAGUUCAAAGUAUAUAAACUGAAGGAGACGAUCAAAAUGCCAUUAAUCAAAUCAAUAGAUUAGACAAUUUUGAUCGCAGAUUCAAAUCUUCAGUGAGACUGAAACAUCGUAAAAUUGACUUUAUCGGUCGUAGUACUGAAUCUAUUGGACGUAAAAUCAGAACCGUAAAUAAAGUUACUACUAUCAUCCGUCGUGAUCCCAUGGGAAAACUAACAAUUUCAUGCGGAUCAGAAGAUGAUCAAUUCGAUAAAGUUGCUCUGGAUAGGAUUAAUAAAUAUUUAGAAGAUUUCCAUAAGAAAAUAUCAUUGUCACGUAAAAAAGAAUGGAAGGAAUUCUCAUCCAUCCCUAAUUUUGAAAAAUAUCAUGAAUAUCAUAUCUAUUAUCCAGAAAGCAAUAUAUCUAAAAUUAUACCUCAAUAUUAAAAAUAGAAAGCCAAAAUUAUGACUGAUGUUUCUUUAAAUUCUUAAACUUUUGGUGAAGAAGAACUUAUUGCUUAUGCUUAAUAUUAUUGUUAUGAAUUAGGAGUGGCAGAAAUCUCUAAUUUCUUCACUAAAACCUAAAAUAGAAAUGUGUUAACUUUUGAACAACAAAGAAUUUUUAGGUUGGACAGAAGAACUAAAAAAAUGUAAAAUUACAUUCGUAAACCUGCCAGAGUAUUUAUAUUGAUCUUAAUCUUUCUAGAUUAAAACAGCCAUUUUAGUACUCAAGGCUGUUAAGAAAUUUUCUAAAAGUUUAAAAAAUAUUCCUGUUGUAUGAUUAUUACUGCAUUUUUAUUAUUUUUUCUCUUACCGCAUAAAAUAUAUAUUAUAUAUAAAUUAAAUAGUUAGAUUAGUAAUAUUUUAAAUGUAGGAAGAAACCUUUUAAUUAUAAAAAAAACAGGUGAUAGAAUAUACCCAAAGAAAAUUUAUUAAACCUCUUUAACGAAAAUGUCAAUCCAAAUCUUAAAACUCUGACGAAUUUUACUUAAGUUUGGAAACCUGCCUUGACUCAGAAGCCAUCUCAAACUUCUGUAAAAGAGGAACUAAUUUUUCUAUAGAAGAAGAAUAUAAUCCACAAUUUCUUCAAAACCCUUUAGCUAAUGAAUUACCUAAUUUUGCUAGAGUCCAAAUUCAGUUGAACCAUACUAUCUAAUAAUAACCAGAAAUCACCUACAUUCAAACUGAUAUAUACCAAAAUGACCACUAAAACCAAAAGGAUUCUGAGCAAGAAUAAAGGAAUAAUAAGGAUAAUUGUAAUGAACCUAUCGAAGAACUUAAUGGAGAUGUUUAUAAGUUGAUAUAAGUGGACGAUAUAAAUUACUUAUAAACAUUUCAAAGUAAUAUUAUAGAAAAUCAAAAAAAGGCAUCAAGGGAUAAAAAACUGAUACCGAAAACACUCCAUCAAGACCUCACUAAAGGAAUUCAUAAAAUUUUAAUUAAAAAAUGA